UAUCCCGAUAAUAUACUUAUUUCCUCUAAGACAAUAGACGAACACCGGAAGUACGUAAAAGUAGUAUUAGACACGCUAUAUAUAUAUAAACUAUUAGUUAAUGAGGAAAAGAGCAAAUUCUACGUCAGGAAAACGGUGUUUUCAGGAUAUAAGAUAUCCCUAGGACAAAUCCGGAUAGAACCUUUAAACGUUAAAGCUAUUAAGAAUUGGCUAUGA